AUGCGCAACAACGACUUGGCCAAGUACAUCACGCAGCUGCAGGCCAAGGUCUUCGGGCCCGCGAGGCCUGCUGCUGCUGCUGCUGCUGCUGCUGCUGCUGCUGCUGCUGCGGGGUUCCCGCAGCAGCAGCAGCAGCAGCAGCAGCAGCACGGGAUGCAGCAGCAGCUGCUCCAGCAGCAACCGGAACAUGCGGCCAAGGCGUUCCCCCAACCCGACAGGACACCUGGAGAGCCAUUCGCGUACAUCCAGUCCCCAGUUCUCUUCGACCCCACUUUGAAUCUUUCUUAUGUUGCCACAACUUCUUUUUCGCCAGUGCCGCAGUAA